AUGAUGAGUUUGAUUUCUCAAAAUGCUAUACCAAAAGAGGUGAAAAAGAAUGCAUAUAAGGAUGGGACUGCACUCAUUGGUAACAAAGAGGUUGAGGAUGGACAGGAGCUUGAUUUGGAUGCUAUAAAGAACCGAAAGAGAAGAGGAGAACGAAAGGAAAAGAAUGAAGUAUUAGAGAUUGAGCAGGAGAGGGAAAUGAAGAAGCUAGAGAACGUUUUGUUUGGCUUUUUGUACUCUCCCAUUGACUUUGGGAAGGACAAUGAUGAAACGAUUAUUGAGGUUGACAAUAGUUCCACAUUGUUCUUUAUGGACAGGUCAGCAAAUAGUAAGUUGUCUGUUUAUGAAGAGGAUGUGGAGUUGGUGGAAGAAACAAGUGACGAGGAGGAAAUUAAGCAAAGGAAGCCUGUAUGGGUAGAUGAAGAAGAGGAGAACGCCGGCAUAAAUAUCGCAAAAGUAAACAAAUUGAGAAAGGAAGAGGAUGAGUGUAAUUUCUGGCAAGAGAUUACAGCUCUGACGAUGAGGAUGUCGAUCAAGAAAGUGGGGACAGUGGUGGCCACUAGUUACGAGGAUGCUGAAGGUGUUCAUCAUAUCCUUAAAAGGAAUGAAGAUUUCGUUGUGAAGAGUAGUGCAAAAUUGUUACCAGGGCAUCUAGAGCACUCAAGACUGAUGGAUGCCAAUAUGACAGAACAUUCGAAUGGUCCCAUAAAAUCAGUUCAUUAUCACAGAAAUGCACAGUUACUCCUUGCUGCUGGAUUGGAUAAGACACUGAGAUUUUUUCAAAUUGAUGGAAAAAAGAAUGCUAAAAUACAAAGCAUUUUCCUUGAUGGUUAUCCGAUUUACAAGUCUUCUUUCUUACCCGAUGGAUCUCAAGUUAUUAUAUCAGGAAGAAGAAAGCUUGCUUAUAGCUUUGAUUUAUUCACGACAAAGAAAAGUGAGAUAGGCCCUCUAAUUGGAAGGGUGGAGAAGAGCUUGGAAAGCUUCGAGGUUCCUCCUGAUUCUAAUACAAUUGCUUUUCUCGGCAAUGAAGGGUAUAUUUUAUUAGUUUCAACGAAAACAAAAGAACUCAUUGGGACCCUGAAAAUGAAUGGGACUGUUCGUUCAGUAGCUUUUACUAAUGAUGGACAGCAAUUGCUGAACUCUGCUCUAUGCACUUCCCCGACUGGAAAUUUAUUUGCAGCUGGUUCAGACACGGGGGCUGUGAACAUAUACGACAUGGAAGACUUCUUAGGUGGGAAGAGGAAACCCCUCGAGACCCUUCAUAACCUGAACACUGAAGUGAAUUUCAUGAAAUUCAACACUGAUUCUCAAAUGUUAGCCAUCUGUUCGAACAUGAAGAAGAGCAGCUUAAAAUUGUUUCAAGUUCCAUCAUUUUCUAUGUUCUCUAACUGGCCGCCAUUAAAUCAGGCUCUGCAUCAUGCGAAUUGUCUGGAUUUCAGUCCUAGUGGAGGUUUUAUGGCAUUGGGAAAUGCUGCUGGGAAAGUGUUACUUUACAAGCUCCAUCACUAUCAUAAUGCAUAG